GCAACGGCAGCGGACUUGGCGAGCAAUGGCGAAGAAUGCCUGCUGCCACUGAUCCAAAGUGCUGAGGAGUUGCUCCGCGAGUGGGCCGACUCUGCCUUGACGACGGAGAGCACCGCCGCCGCGGACAUGGACGAGGCAGACGAUCAGGCGGUGGCGCUGGCGCUUUUUCAGGAGCUGGCAGAGGCGCAGAUGGCAAUGACGCCAAUGGAGGAGCAAAAGCUGGGCCGGCGGGCGAUGUUUUCGCAUCACAUCAUCGCGCCAUCCAAGCGGCAGGCCAUCAAACACUGGGCAGAGCAGUUGCGCUUGGGUGGUUUGGCCAAAAUCGGGUGGCCGGGCAUCAUCAUUGUCGAAGGCAGUGAGCGCAACGUUGCAGCUUACGUGGAGGCCCUGAGCCGCCUGCGCUGGAAGCACUUCGUGGUCCGUGGUGAGCAGAUGAUCGACAUUCCACCGGGACGGUCGCUGGAG